AUGAAGACCCGCUACCUUAAACGUAUAGUGAAAAAUAUCAUAAUAUUCGUCAUAACUCUUGUAGUUCUAUCGAUUGUAACCAUUAAAGUGGUGGAACAGCGUUUAGCUAAAGAAGAUGAAGAAGCUUCAACAAUGAUGCGUAGAGCUAGACCGCCCAAUGUGCGAUCUGUGCCACGUGGUAUUUUAGAUCUAACACAAUUUUACGACAUCAAUGUACCAUUUCGUUUGCCCGAGUUGAAGGGCCCCAAACGAGAUUGGCAUGACUGGGCAGCUCUUAACAGAGAUCAACAUCGUACGGGAUUGGGUGAACGUGGCAUGCCGGCUUAUAUUACCGAUGAAUCACAAAAAGAAUUGGAGCAUGAAAUGUCCAUGGAUAAUGGCUUUAAUGCUUUACUGUCCGAUUAUAUAUCGGUCAAUCGUUCGGUACCCGAUGUGCGCAGAGAUGAAUGUCACAAAAAGCUGUACUCCAUGUAUUUACCCACCACAAGUGUGGUCAUACCAUUUUACAAUGAAUACUUCAGUGUACUUAUACGAACACUGCACAGCAUAAAGAAUCGCACACCACCCGAGCUAUUGCGUGAAAUAAUUAUAGUAGAUGAUUACAGUGAUCGUGAAUAUUUGAAACAGCAAUUGGAAGAUUAUGUGGCCAAUUACUUCAAGGAUUUGGUGAAAAUUGUCAGACUCAAGGAAAGAACUGGAUUGAUAGGAGCCCGUUUGGCUGGAGCCCGCAAAGCCACUGGAGAUGUCUUGGUAUUUUUUGAUUCUCACAUAGAAUGUAACUACAAUUGGCUGCCACCUUUGCUGGAACCUAUUGCCUUGAAUAAACGCAUAUCCACCUGUCCCAUAGUAGAUGGUAUUGAUCAUGCCACUUUUGCUUAUAAUGGUGGUUACCAGGAAGGUUCGAGAGGAGCAUUUGAUUGGAAUUUGAUCUAUAAACAAAUGCCCAUAUUGGAGAUUGAUUCAGCAGAUCGCACAGAUCCCUAUCGUAAUCCCAUAAUGAUGGGUGGUUUGUUUGCCAUAAGUAGAGAGUUUUUCUGGGAGUUGGGUGGCUAUGAUGAGGGUUUGGAUAUUUGGGGUGCUGAGCAAUAUGAGUUGAGCUUUAAAAUUUGGAUGUGUGGUGGCUUGUUGUGUGAUGUGCCCUGCUCUAGAGUGGCUCAUGUCUUUCGGGGACCCAUGAAUGGCAGACCAAGUCCUAGGAACUAUAGUUUUGUGGCCAGGAACCAUAAACGUUUGGCUGAAGUGUGGAUGGAUGAAUAUGCCCAAUAUGUGUAUGAUCAUGAACCAGGUACUUAUGAGGACUUGGAUGCUGGCGAUUUAUCGAAACAAAUCGCAUUGCGUAAUAAACUGCAAUGUAAACCUUUCAAAUGGUUUUUAGAAGUUAUAGCUCCUGAUAUAUUGAAAACCUUUCCCCCCGUUCUACCACCCGACUUUGCUUCGGGUGUCAUACAAAGUGUAGCUUUUCCUCAAUACUGUAUCGAUUCUAUGGGAGGUGCCAGUAAUACGGCCAUUGGUCUUUUCAUGUGUGCCGCAAAUAAAACUCAUCCUCAACCCACUCAAUUUUGGAGUCUCAGCUAUAUAAGGGACAUACGUAAAAAAUCACAAGAUAUAUGUUUGGAUGUCCAUGAAAGUCCCAACAAUGCCACCAUAUGGAUGUGGUCUUGCCACAAUUCUGGUGGCAAUCAAUUCUGGUCUUAUGAUCUUAAAGAACAAAUGAUUAUUCAUGGCACCAAAAAAGCUGCCUGUAUGGAGGCUUUUGUUGAAGAUGGCAAAUUGGCAGUAUAUGUGAAUCCUUGCGAUAAAAUGAAUCCCCGAAUGAAGUGGAUAUUUGGAAAUGUAAAUGCUACAGCUUUCGAAGAUUUUUGGGAGGGAGUGAAAUUGGAGGAGGAUGACUAA